AAAACCUAUAAUCAAAUGAGAAUUCAAAUAAUUAAAUUUAAGUAAUAAUACGUUGGACUCGACUCGGCAAGAGUCUUGAAAAGGCUUUCCACAUAUAUACCACCUCAAAGGGAACUAAGAGAGGAAAGGAAGCUUCAAUGGAGCCCGAAACUUCUGAGUUUGAGUCCAGUGAGAUGCUGGCAACGUAUCUUGCUUCCACGCCCCUCCUGGAGGAGUCAUGGCGGCUGUGCAGCCAUGCAAACGCCGAAGCCCACCAGAGCUUCGCGGUCCAUCGGGCGGCGGAGGUGGCGUACGUGGCGUUCUCCGGCGUGCAAGUGGUGGAUUGCUCGGAGGAGAGCUGCCGGAGUUUGGUGGAGCUGGAGAGUGGGGGCGGCAAGGGCGUUUUCGCCGGUACGUUUUGUGGUGGCGGGGAUCAAGAACAAGAACCCGUCAUGGUCCACGGUGGCCUGCUCCAACUCUUUCUCUUUUUCUAUCAUUCCCAGAAUUUCCAAAACAAGAUUCUUGAAGUACUGAACUCAAGCAAAUCAGUAGUUUUCACCGGCCACUCUCUAGGCGGCGCUCUUGCUUCCCUCUCAGCCCUUUGGCUCCUCUCCAUUACUCAGAACAUUUCACCUUCCAUCGACGUUUUAUGCAUCACGUAUGGUUCGCCGAUGCUUGGCAAUGAAUCCUUCUCCCAAGCAAUCCUCCAAGAACGAUGGGGCGGCAACUUCUGUCACGUUGUGGCUCAGCACGACAUAGUGCCGAGGCUGCUGUUUGCGCCGGCAUCUCCGUUUGUAGCACAUCUUCGUGCCCUCUUCGCGUUCUGGCAGUUAUCCAUGUCGUCCCCAGUUUUCGAGCAACUUGCUUCACAGUUGUCCUAUGAGAACAAUGCUCAAGUGUUGGACAAAGUGUUGGCUUGUCUUGAAGAGAGGUCAAGAUCAGGAUGUGACGGUGGAGGAGUACGUUCGUUUUGGCCGUUUGGGAGUUACAUGUUUUGCACAGAAAACGGCGCCAUUUGCUUGGAUAACAUAAUGGCUAUUGUCAAGUUACUUUACUUGAUGCUGGCAAAGGGCUCCGUUGAGUCGUGUGUAUACGAUCAUCUCAAGUAUGAAGAUUAUGUGGGGAAAGUGUGUUGGCAGUUCUUGCGGAGGAAAAGCUCGGCAGAGUUACCCUACUUUCCUGAGUCGAGCAACGAGGUUGGGAUUGCGUUGGCUUUGCAGUCAUCAGGGAUAGCUUCUCAGGAACCAGCCUAUGGGACUGCAAGAAACUGCCUUGCAAUGGCAAGAAAGUUAGGAUGUAAGCGCAACCUCAACAAUGCUAAGAUGGCUGUUUCCUUAGCUAAGAUAUCUCCUUUAAGGGCUCAGAUAGAGUGGUAUAAGGCGUUCUGCGAUAGUUCUGAUGAUCAGUUGGGGUACUACGACUGGUUCAAGCGAAGAACUGCUUCAAAGAGAGGCUCGAAAGUGAACAUGAACCGGAUCAGGCUCGGACAGUUCUGGGAUGAGUUGAUCAACAUGCUGGAAACGAAUCAACUGACUCAUGAUUUCCACAAGCAGCCAAAGUACGUUAAUGCUUCCAACUUCUACAAGCUCCUCGUUGAGCCUCUGGAAAUUGCUGAAUACUACAGAACAGGCAUGCAUAAGCAGAAAGGCCACUACAUUGAGCACGGCAGGGAAAAACGGUUCAAGAUUUUUGACAAGUGGUGGAGGGACAGAAAAGUAGGGAAUGAAGAAAGCAACCCAAGAAGCAGGUUUGCAAGUUUGACGCAAGAUUCUUGUUUCUGGGCUAGAGUAGAGGAAGCCAGAGAUAAUAUAUACCACAUCACCGGUGAAAUGGAUUCAGGCAGGCGUUCGUUUUUGCUGGACAAGAUUGAAAAGUUUGAUCGAUAUGCACGUGAGAUGAUCGAAAGGAAGGAGGUGUCAGUAGAUGUACUGGCCAAAAAUUCAAGCUACAAUUUGUUUAAGGAAGAAUGGAAAGAGCUGAAAUCCAAGCUGCAGCUAUUGCCGCCUCAUUUUCUAGUUUCUCAAGAAGGAAGGAAGCAAGAUAUUGUCAUGGAAGCGGAGAAUACCUUCUUGUCGGGUUUUCAUGAUGGUAAACUGGUUUCAUGAACAUGUCAACCUGAAACAUUCUCCUUCAGGACUAUCUAGUGCUAAUGCAAGAGUUCCCCUUCUAAAGUUAGUACACCAGGCUACAGAUGUAAGAUUUAUGAACUGUACACUUGAGCAAAUUGACAUUGUCUUUGAGUGACAAGUACCUAAAUGGGGAAUAAUACCAAAUGCAACAUGUUUGUGUAUAUAGUACUGGAGACAGUGGGAACUAUAUUUCUAUUUAA